AUGGGUCGGUGGAAGGUACCCAUGGAACACAUCAACAACAGCAAGAAACACAAUCUCACAUUCCAAACAAGAAAAAAUGGCAUCAUCAAGAAAGCCCUUGAACUCUCAACCCUCUGUGACGUGAAUGUAUCCAUGAUCAUCCAUACUGAUCAUCAAGAAUCUGAGAUCUUGCCUCCAGAUCCUCAUAAAUUCACCACGGAACUUUACAAACGAAAAUCGCAUUAUGGAUGCAGGGGAAAUUCGGAAGUGGAGUUACGAGAACUUGCAUUAAAGUUGGAUAGUAAAAUCAAUAAUGUUAAAAACAAAGUUGAAUCGCUCAAGGACAUCUCCAAGAUUCAUAAUCAAGACAAUUACACAAUCUACCCUACUACUACUAUUGCUAAGGUUAAUGCUGACAGUUCUUCCAUGAUGCCAUCUUCAAACCUUUUCCUAGGGGAUUACGAUGACCUUAGCCUUGACCAUAAAGAGCUCAUAAGUGAUGAAAAUAAUGACUGCUACCGUCACUACCAUCAUGAGAACUUGAGUGUUCAACCUUCCUUUUCACCAGAAUCACUCAUGCCACCUUUCAACCAUUGCCCGAUGGAUGACAAUAAGCUUGGCUUUGACCCUACACAACUAUUGAAUGAGCUUGGCUUUUCACCGGAUAUACUGCCACCAUUUAGUGAUCAAAAUAACAUGAUCAUGCAUCCAUCCGAGCUUGAUUUAAUGAUGAAACUAAUAACAAGCGAAGAUGAUACCGACCACUUUGAUCAUUAG